GUCCUGAAGAUGAAUUAGAAUAAAGUUCGAAACUAUUCGACAGAAAUAAAGUAAUAAAAAGUCUGAAAAGUCGAAACACAACAUUUAUUACAUUUACAAACGUUUAUGAUCACUGUAUUAGUUGAGCAACGAGUCAGGAGGAGAUUCAAGAUGGCAGCAACUACAGGCGGGGAUACGAAAGAACGAUCGCAGAGAUAUUUCAGCAUUUAUCAAGGAGUUGAUGCGAUACCACCAACAGAACCUCCGACAGAACCACCUACAGAGCCACCAACAGAACCUCCGACAGAGCCACCAACGGAACCACCUACAGAGCCACCAACAGAGCCACCGACAGAGCCACCAACAGAGCCACCGACGGAACCACCGACAGAACCUCCAACAGAGCCACCAUCUAGUUCUUGCGAUUGGACAUAUAGUUUCUAUGACGAAUUUGGUCCUGAGAAAUGGUGGCAGUUAGUUACACCAGCUAACAGUUUCUGGUGCAAUGGUGUUAGACAGAGUCCAAUUGAUCUCCAAACACAAUUCGUUUAUAUUAAUUCAAGACAAAAUUCUUUACUUAUUACUAACCUCAAUGAAGUGCCAACUAAUAUUAUUUUGACAAAUACAGGACACGGUGCACAAAUUGAAUUCAGAUUUCCCAAUAAUGAUCAGAUAAUUGUUGCUGGGGGGCCUUUACCAAUUGGAAAACAAUAUAUUGUUGCUCAUGCUGAAUGGCACUGGGGUAAUGUAGAUUGCUCUGGUAGUGAACACUUACUCAAUUCAAAAAGGUAUGCAGCAGAACUACAAAUCGUCCUUUAUGACUCGACUCAUGGAUCAUAUGAACGGGCGAAAGAUCAAUAUCAAGGUCUUGCCGCCAUGGCAUUUUUCUAUAAGCUUGAUGACUCAGAAGAUUCAGAUUUUCAAAUCAAAGAUGAGCUUUCAAAUAUUAUUGAACCUUAUUCCACUUUUGAGGGUGGAGCUCCUUUUCCAUUUAUUGAUCUGUUCAAACAUGAAUUCUAUGAUUACAUAGCUUAUAGCGGUUCACUGACAAGACCACCUUGUUAUCAGACCGUGCAGUGGAUGGUGUCAACCAAACCAUUAAAAAUUAAAUCAGACGAUUUAGUUGAACUACGUAAAAUUAAGGAUUGUAAUGGAGAUGAACUUCAUCGUAAUUUCCGACCAUGCCAAAAUUCUUUAAGUCGCCCUUUAAAUGGAUAUUAUCUAUAA